AGCAUGUCAAUGUUAUAUAAGGCGAUUAGUAUUUAAGCUGUUUGUGCAUCUGCGGCACCACUUACCUGUGAGCGGCUGGUUAUUGAGCGUGAGAGUCCUCCAGCAAAUCUGCUUCCGCCAAGUUUCACGGUUUCUUUUUGCCGUGGGCUGAACACUUGCCUGGUGCCGAGCACUCGCGCUCUUCAUCUCAACCGCUCGUCAGGAAAAAUGGGCUAUGGUGGCUACGUGUCUGCAAAGCUGCCUCCCUCUAAGCCCAGUGAGGUCGAGGCUGCGGUGCAGGCCGUCAAGUCGGUGGAGGCCGUGGAGAUGAUUCAUAAGCUGGUCUACAACUGCGCCGUCCAGCCGAAGGAGGAGAAGUUUCGCAAGGUACGGCUAGCGAACCCGAAAGUCAAGGCGGUUCUUGGCGAUGCAGUGGGUGCCGUCGACGCCAUGACUGCGCUGGGCUGGUCGCUUGAGGAGGCCGAUGGCGAGCCCAUCCUCUUAAUUCCAAGCGGGAAGUACAUGACGAUGCAACAGGUGCGCAUCGUCGAGACUGCUCGUGACAAGCUGGCCAAGGAGCUCAAGGACCAAACACGGCACAACAAUGUGAGCCUCCUGGCCUAACAUGUGACACGCAAUCGAGCGGCAGAGCUUGUGCGUCACUUCGUGUAUUCUGCUGACCUACCGGUAUUGUCAGCCUGGGUGCUUUCCGAGCCGUAUGACGAGAGGGAGAGGGUGUUUUGGUUUCAUGACAUACAGAGUGGUAGGAGUGGUGGUGAGAACGACGGGGGUUGAGCAGGACUGGCACCGGGCGGUUUAACUCACAAGCGUCGCUGGGACGCGCACAUGCGCUAUUUGCAUGGGCAGGCGUCGUUGCAUUGCUUGACGUGCGCAGAGGAUGCUGUUUUUACUUGUGCUUUACUUGUAAGCAUCCAUUGCAGCAGGGCUUGUACACUGCCUACUGGAGCGCUAACUUGACGCGAAGACAUUCAGUUUCGAGGAGGUAUUCUUAUGUAUAUCAACUUGGCCCCGUUUUUUGCCAUUGUACAACAGUGUGUAUUGGCAGCAGGUUCCGUGACCCAAUGAGAUUUAACUUUACUACACAAAAACUUGUAACGCCCUUAUUAUUUUU